AUGAGUUUAGCUUUAGAUCUAGUUUUAGUCAAGCACGGACGUUGUGCGGAAACUGAUCUCUCCAAUAUGAAUACGUGUUUAGUGUUAAUUAUUUUUGUGUUAAUUUUAAAUAUUUGUAUCUGCCGUAAUCAUAAUGACGUUAGUGAAUCACCUUCGUUAAAAUUGUGGUCUAAGGAGAAGGAUUCAAUAGAAUACUAUACGAAGCCCAAAAACGGUAUCACGGUCCCGAUCAUGAUUCAUUUAGACAAGAAUCUCUCGACGAAGCUUCCGGUAAAAAACAAAAUGAGAUCGCAAAAAUUCAAAAUGGCCGCCCGAAGAGUACUCAGAGACGUCGAAGAUAUAUUCGAACAUUCUAGUCUGAAUCUGACCAUUUCUUUCCAAUUGUUAGACGUUAAAAUAUUGAAAAACAAAAUAGCUAAGAUCGCAAUGGACGGGGACGUCGUGAAAUACUUGAAGACUUAUUGUCGCUGGCAAGGGGAACAGAAGUUGAAACACGAGAAUUGGUGGUUCUCGAUUCUUUUUACGGGAUUGGAUUUGUUUUACUUCGAUGAUAUGGGACAUGCCGCUAAGCGAGUCACCAGUCGAAGCUACAUGAAGGGUAUGUGCAGUAUAAACAAUAGCUGCACUCUGACAGAAUGGGGGAACAAGAAUACAGCGUUCAUGUUGGCACACGAAAUCGCGCACAGUUUGGGUGUUCCUCACGACGGCUAUCCUAACAACGAGUGUCGCGGGCGGCACGUAAUGAGCGCUGUGUUUAGUCCGUUAUCGCACAAUCAAGCUAAGAGCUGGUCUCCGUGCAGCAGACGAGCAUUGAAACAUUAUCUAUCGAGCAAGCGAGCGUGGUGUCUGAAGCCGGAAGAAAAUAACAAAUAUAUUUUAGUGUAG